AUGAAGGUCUUUACCACCACCAUCGUCGACCAGAACAACAAAAGCUGGUCCCAGCUGGACCUGAACACCUGCUUCGGCUGGUCGGCUGAUAGUUGCCGAUUCACCUACCCGCCUUCCGGCCACUUCACCGACUCCGUCUCCAGCUGCGACAACAACUACACCGGUGGCGAUGAGCACUUUGGCAACAACUUUGGCUGCCGCGGCCCCUGCAAUGGAUGUGGCGAGGUCUACAACGUCUUCGCUCUGAACUCCUACGUGGGCAACAAGGGCGGAAAGCUUGUGUGCUAA